CAGUCCGGUCUGGCGUAAACGUUUUGGCACAUUAGCGGAAUGGGCUUACCUGCACGUAGACCUCCUGGUGGUCAUCCACGUACUUGAAAAGAGCAGACAGAUGAGCCAUCUUGGAAGGAGCUGAGGGUUCCACAGAGAGAAUGGUGACAGACAGGCUCAGUGCUGCCUUAUGAAGGGCGGAAACUCCGCCCAUUUGAAACCCCGCCCACUACCAUACCUUCCAACGACAAAUGUUACCGUUUACUAGGAGCUAUCUGCUAUAGCUAUCAUGUCACACGAGCUUGCCAUAUUGUCAACAAACGUGCUAUCGUAAUAUUAUCCCAUAUGUAUAUAAAAUAAGUUUUUAUAGCGAAUAGCUUGCUGUAGCGUUCAUGAAGGGAACAUAGUUUACAAGUCACGGUUUAUGUUUGCGAAGCAUACCUGAAAGGCGGUUUCGGUUUUUGUACGAGCGCCGUUUUAUUUUUAAGUGCCACUUUUGCCUCGGAUUUGGUGGUAAAAAAAAAUAAAAAGUGAAAAACCAAAACCGACUUCCGAUUGUGCCUGCGCGUUAACAGCGCAAGGGAUUAUGGGUAGGCGCUCGAGACCGGAAACACUUUCAGAUUCACUGUUUUUUAGAAAAAAAACAAUGAAUGUUGAUUUUAUAUAGCUUAAACUGAAUUAUUAUAUGUAUGUAUAAAUAUAGAAAUGGAUAUAAAGAAUAACCACAUUCAUAGACAGUCGUCUUACUCUUACAAAUAUACGCAAAUUAUGGGCAUAAACCAUUUAGCUACAAAAUAUUUGUUAAAUCACUAAUUCAUAUAUAUAUAUAUACUAAUUUAUCUAGCGCAUUUGUGAAUUAUCGUCUUGCAGUAUUUAUUUUUUGAGUUCUGUGAAAGUAGACGUUAGGCUGGCUCUUUCCACUAGGUGGCGCCUCCUACCUUGUGGCGACAGGCCAGCGAAGAAGAAAGACAACAACAGAAGAAGAAAGCAAAACGCAACGCCUACCUACAUGAAAUCAAAAGUAACAGAAUAGACAUCGGAAAUGCUACGCUGACAUCCUCCUCAUGAAAAAUGGCAUCUUGGGUGAAAGUGCUCCACAGAACAUCCACACUUCAACAAGCCUUAAAAUGCAUAGCAUUACAGUCCAGGUUUUGCAGCGUGACACCGAAGGAAAAUGACAAAUCACUUAAACCAGAGAACGAGUCCCUGCUGGAGAACUUGAACCUCCUGGGAGUUGAUGUAAAGAUGGCCCGCCAGCGUCAGCCCGGGGUUUUCCGCAAGAUCUUCACCAACGAGCAAGGGCUCGCCGGCUUCCUGCAAAGCAAAGGUGCCAGCCGCAGCACCGUGGCUAGCAUCAUAUCCCGUUAUCCGCGUGCCAUCACCCGUUCCCUGGAACAUUUGGAGCAGCGGUGGCAGCUGUGGAGAAACGUCUUCCAGACAGAUGAAGAAAUUGUCAGCAUCCUGGAACGCUCGCCCGAGUCCUUCUUCCGCUCCAGCGAUAACGAGAACUUGGAGAAGAACAUCACCUUUCUGUCCUCGCUGGGGCUCAACAAGAAGCACCUCCACCGGCUGCUCACCACGGCCCCACGCACCUUCUCCAACAGUCUGGAGCUCAACAGGCAGAUGGUGGAGUUCCUGGAGGACAUCUGUGUAGAGAUGGGAGGGAACCAUCCAGAGCAGUUUGCCAAAGAUGUGGUGUCCAGAAACGUAUACAUCCUCAUCCGAAGCACAAAAAGAGUCAAGGCGAAUAUCGAUCACCUCAGAGCUUCUUUGAAACUGAGCGACUCCGAGCUUCUGGACCUGCUUCACGGCCCUGGUGCCGAAAUCCUGGAUCUCUCCAAUGAGUACCUGAAAAAUAAUUUCACCAGCCUCCAGCAGAAGAUGCGCUCUGUGGGCUGUGGGAAAGUUGGCCUGAAAAAACUGAUUAUGAGCUAUCCGGUAGUUCUGUACACGGGGGCAGCGACGUUGAACACCAAGCUGGACUGUUUGCUAAAAGGAGGAAUCACAAUGCAGCAGAUACUGGACAAGCCCAAGGUGUUGGACUACAGCACGCACAACAUUACAGCCAAAUUAGAGGAGCUUCACAGGAUAGGAUUUGACUUCAAGGAGAACGGCAUCCACAUCUUGGACUUGAGUCGGAAGCGAUUUGAGGCCAAAUUGGAAAAACUAUCCUUUCCCCCGCAGGAGUAAACUUGGCUGCUUGCGUUCAUUUAGUUUGUGUGUGUUUCUCAAUUAAAAUGGCUUUCAGAUCA